CAGCCACGGCCAAGGAGAGAAGCUUCUUUGGCUCUGCGGGGAAAAGACGGAGAGUCAGGAAGAGAAAAAGAAGGUGGAGGAGGCAGACGGAAAGCGACAAACAGAACAGAAGUGUUUGAACCUAAGAAGGGCUCCUCCCACGGGAACCAGGAGGGGAAUUUUGGGUACAGGACCCAGAAGCAACACGGUUUUUGGGAUAUAUUCAUUGAGAGGGAGCACUUUUUUUCCACCCCCUUGUGAAUAGGGAAGCCUUCUCGGGCGUAACGGGUCAAGAUGGCCUCUAAUGCUGCCGAGGUGGCGAUGACUUCGUUCAUCAUGAACGAGGACGAGCUGAAGAGGAAGCAGAGGGAGAAGCUGAAGAAGAUGCAGGCCACCGGGGGAAACCCCCGGCCCGUGCGCUCCCUCUUCCUCUUCAACCUCAAGAACCCCUUCCGCAAAGCCUGCAUCAACAUAGUGGAGUGGAAACCCUUUGAGAUCAUCAUCCUGCUGACCAUCUUUGCCAACUGUGUGGCCCUGGCCGUGUUCCUGCCCAUGCCUGAGGAAGACAGCAACAGCACCAACACCAGCCUGGAAAGUCUGGAGUACAUCUUCCUUGUCAUAUUCACAUUAGAGUGCUUUCUGAAGAUAGUGGCGUACGGGCUGGUAUUCCACGAAGGAGCCUAUUUACGGAACUGUUGGAACGUUCUGGACUUUGUCAUCGUCUUCAUGGGUGUCUUCACCGUUGCCUUGGACACCAUCAACCACUUAGCUGGCGUGAACAUGGAGAAGGGCGGGGGCUUCGACAUCAAGGCUCUCCGAGCCUUCAGGGUGUUGAGGCCCCUGCGUCUCGUGUCAGGAGUCCCCAGCCUACAGGUGGUGAUGAACUCCAUCCUCAAGGCUAUGCUGCCCCUCUUCCACAUCGCCUUGCUGGUCUUCUUCAUGGUCACCAUCUACGCCAUUGUGGGCUUGGAGUUCUUCAAGUGCAAGAUGCACAAGACUUGUUAUUACGUUGGCACAGACAUCAUGGCCACAGCGGAGGGGGAGAAGCCGGCUCCGUGCGCCCAGGCCGGCAACGGGCGGCGCUGCCUCAUCAACGGCACCGAGUGUCGGCCGGGCUGGGAGGGUCCUAACCAUGGCAUCACUCACUUUGACAACUUUGGCUUCGCCAUGUUGACCGUGUACCAGUCUAUCACCAUGGAGGGCUGGACAGACGUCCUCUACUGGGUGAACGAUGCCAUAGGUAAUGACUGGCCCUGGCUCUACUUUGUCACGCUCAUCCUGCUAGGCUCCUUCUUCAUCCUCAACCUGGUCCUGGGCGUGCUCAGUGGGGAGUUCACCAAGGAGAGAGAGAAGGCCAAGUCCCGCGGAGAGUUCCAGAAGUUGCGGGAGACCCAGCAGCUGGACGAGGACCUGAAGGGCUACAUGGAGUGGAUCACCCAGGCGGAGGUCUUGGAUGCGGAUCAGGACGGACUCCUGCCGUUGACAGAUGGAUCAGAAACAGACAGUCUUUAUGAACUGGAGGGAAAGAGCCGCGUCAUCUACUACUAUCGCCUGGCUCGGCGUUGGGACCGCUUCUUCCGGAUGAAGUGUCUGGUGUACAUCAAAACCAAGGCUUUCUAUUGGCUGGUGAUCUUCCUGGUCUUCCUCAACACGCUGGCCAUCGCCACUGAACAUCACAACCAGUCCGACUCCCUCACAGCUUUUCAAGACGUUGCCACCAGGGUGCUCCUGGUCCUGUUCUCCCUGGAGAUAUUUGUCCAGUUGUACGCACUAGGUCCCAGGACCUUCUUCAUGUCUCUUUUCAACCGUUUCGACUGCUUCGUGGUGGGGGUGGGCAUCCUGGAGAUCAUCCUGGUCUCUCUGGAGGUCAUGACCCCGCUGGGCAUCUCCAUCCUCAGAUGUAUCCGGCUCCUGAGACUGCUCAAAGUCACCAAGUACUGGACUUCUCUCAGUAACCUGGUGGCCUCCCUCCUCAACUCAGUGCGCUCCAUCGCCUCCCUGCUGCUCCUCCUCUUCCUCUUCAUUGUUAUCUUCUCCCUCCUGGGCAUGCAGGUGUUCGGGGGCAAGUUUAAUUUCCCCGACCAGGAAAUAAAACGCAGCAACUUUGACAACUUCCCUCAGGCCCUCAUCAGUGUGUUCCAGGUGCUGACUGGAGAGGACUGGAACUCCAUCAUGUAUAACGGCAUCUUGGCCUACGGAGGGCCGUCCUUCCCUGGCAUCAUGGUCAGCGUCUACUUCAUCAUUCUCUUUGUCGUCGGAAACUACAUCCUCCUCAACGUCUUCCUGGCCAUCGCCGUGGACAACCUGGCGGAGGCCGAGAGUCUGACUUCGGCUCAGAAAGAGAAGGCAGAGGAGAAGCAGAGAAGAAAGCUGCUCAGAUCCAAAUUUCCUGACAAGGCUGACGAGGAAAAGGAUCGAUUAGCUAAGAAGCUGGCUGAACAGAGGGCAAAGGCCGAUUGCAUUCCUACCACAGCCCAGCUCAAAGUGGAUGAGUUUGAGUCUCAUGUCAACGAAGUGAAAGACCCCUUCCCUCCUGCAGACUUCCCAGGUGACGAUGAGGAGGAGGAGCCAGACAUCCCCAUCAGCCCACGCCCCCGGCCAAUGGCUGACCUCCAGCUGAAGGAGAAGGCGGUGCCCAUGCCUGAGGCAAGCUCCUUCUACAUCUUUGGACCACAGAACAAGUUCCGUAAGCUGUGCCACAAGAUCAUCAACGCCACGCCCUUCACAAACUUCAUCCUCCUCUUCAUCCUCCUCAGUAGUAUCUCUCUAGCAGCUGAGGACCCUAUUGACCCCAGGUCCUUCAGGAACAAGGUCUUGGCUUCUGCAGACAUCGUCUUUACCACUGUGUUCACCAUUGAGAUUGUGCUCAAGAUGACAGUGUACGGAGCCUUCCUGCACAAGGGCUCAUUCUGCCGCAACUCUUUCAACAUACUGGACCUGCUUGUGGUGGGCGUGUCUCUGCUCUCCAUGGGAAUGGAGUCCAGUGCCAUCUCUGUGGUGAAGAUUCUCAGGGUCCUGAGAGUGCUGAGGCCUCUGAGAGCCAUAAACAGGGCCAAGGGGCUAAAGCACGUGGUCCAGUGCAUGUUUGUGGCCAUCAAGACCAUCGGCAACAUCGUGUUAGUGACCAUGCUGCUGGACUUCAUGUUUGCCUGUAUAGGAGUACAGCUCUUCAAGGGCAGAUUCUUUAGUUGCACAGACCCCUCGAAGUUGACGCCAGACCAGUGUCAAGGCCUCUUCAUGAAGCACAUGGAGAACUCCCUUCAUGACAAAGUGCUGGCUCCCAGGGAGUGGAUCAACAGCGACUUCAACUUUGACAACGUGCUCAACGGCAUGUUGGCCCUGUUCACCGUCUCCACGUUCGAGGGCUGGCCUCAGCUGUUGUACAGAGCGAUCGAUUCCAGUGGGGAGGACAUGGGCCCAGUGUACAACAAACGGGUGGACAUCUCCAUCUUCUUCAUCAUCUACAUCAUCCUCAUCGCCUUCUUCAUGAUGAAUAUCUUCGUGGGCUUCGUCAUCGUCACCUUCCAGGAGCAGGGAGAGCAGGAGUACAAGAACUGUGAGCUGGACAAGAACCAGCGCCAGUGUGUCCAGUACGCCCUCAAGGCCGGCCCCCUGAGGUGCUACAUCCCUAAGAACCCUAACCAGUACCGAGUGUGGUACAUCGUCACCUCCUGCUACUUUGAGUACCUCAUGUUCUUCCUGAUCAUGCUGAACACCUUGUGUCUGGGCAUGCAGCAUUGUAACCAGUCGGACCAUGUCACCAAGUUGUCCGACACUCUGAACGUGAUCUUCACGGUGCUCUUCACUGUGGAGAUGGUCUUGAAGCUAAUGGCGUUCAAGGCUCGGGGCUACUUCGGAGACCCGUGGAACGUGUUCGACUUCCUCAUUGUCAUAGGUAGCGUGGUCGAUGUCAUACUGAGCGAGGUCGAUAAUGCCCUGGCUGCCAGUGGAGGACUGUACUGUCUCCAUGGCUGUGCUGAGACAAACCCAAUGCAGGCCAUUGCUGACUCAGAGAACGCCAGAGUGUCCAUCACCUUCUUCAGACUGUUCCGCGUGAUGCGUCUGGUGAAACUGCUCAACCGCUCAGAGGGCAUCCGCAACCUGCUGUGGACCUUCAUCAAGUCCUUCCAGGCUCUACCCUAUGUAGCGCUCCUUAUCGUCAUGCUGUUCUUCAUCUAUGCCGUCAUUGGGAUGCAGGUGUUUGGGAAGGUUGCCUUAGUAGACGGGACGCAGAUCAACCGCAACAACAACUUCCAGACAUUCCCUCAAGCUGUGCUGCUCCUGUUCAGAUGUGCCACUGGGGAGGCGUGGCAGGAAGUGAUGCUGGCCUCCAUGUAUGGGAAGAAGUGCGACCCCAAGUCAGACUUCCUGCCCGGGGAGGAGUACACCUGUGGGGCUAGCUUUGCAGUGUUUUACUUCAUGAGCUUCUACAUGCUCUGUGCCUUCCUGAUCAUUAAUUUAUUUGUGGCUGUGAUUAUGGACAACUUUGACUACUUGACUCGUGAUUGGUCUAUCCUCGGCCCUCAUCAUCUGGAUGAGUUCAAGAAGAUCUGGGCUGAAUAUGACCCUGAAGCCAAGGGCCGGAUUAAACAUCUCGACGUGGUGACUCUGCUACGAAGGAUCCAGCCGCCGCUGGGCUUCGGGAAAUUUUGUCCUCACCGCGCUGCCUGUAAGAGACUGAUCUCCAUGAACAUGCCCCUUAACAGUGACGGAACAGUCACCUUCAAUGCCACCCUGUUCGCUCUGGUCAGAACUGCUCUCAAAAUCAAGACUGAAGGUAACUUUGAGCAAGCCAACGAGGAGUUGAGAGCCAUCAUAAAGAAGAUCUGGAAACGCACCAGUAUGAAACUGCUAGACCAAGUCAUACCGCCCAUCGGAGAUGAUGAGGUCACGGUGGGGAAGUUCUACGCCACUUUCCUGAUCCAGGACCACUUCCGGAAAUUCAUGAAGCGUCAGGAGGAAUAUUACGGUUACCGUCUGACCAAGAAGAGCUCCGACGAGGUCCAGGCCGGUCUGAGGAGCAUCGAGGAGGAGGCAGCGACGGAGCUCCACAGAGCCAUCUCAGGAGACCUGCUGAACGAGGAGGAGUUGGAGCGAGCCAUGAACGAGGCUGCCGAGGGGGCCAUCUACAGGCGUAAUGGCGGCCUGUUCGGGAACCAAGUCGACCCGUUCUCCUCGGAGCCCAGCAGCCCCUCGGCCACCCAGAUGACCAGCCAUCGGCCGCUGCAGUUCUCCGAGAGUCGCCGCGAAGAUGUCGAGUCACCGCCCGGCUCCGCCUUCCGGCCCGGCCAGGAGUUCUUCCCCGCGACGCCGCGGGCAACGCAGAACAACAGCAACAACAACGCUUAUGUAUACGAGAGAGAGGGAAGACCCCAGACCUACUCUUUCAGAGAAGAUCCAGAUCCUGAUACCAAGCACUUCUCCGACAUCACAGUGAGAACAGACGUGAGUCAGUUUCCCUGUGACCUGAGCUACGCUGACAGCCAGGCCCACUGCCCCCCCGGGGCUGCCGCCAUGCCCGCAGCAGCCGACCAGCUCAUCCAGGAGGCCUUGAUGGUGGGUGGUCUGGACUCCCUCGCCAAGGACCCCACAUUUGUGUUGGUGGCCAAACAGGAAAUGGCGGAGGCCAUGCACAUGCCGGUAACUGACAUGGAGGGCGUGGCCCAGGGCAUCCUCAACGGACGCAGUGGCCGAGUCACCGCCGUUAAGAGGAAGAGGCGCCCGAUCCCCAUCCCUCCCUCGGUCCCUGCCAGUACGGAACAGGAGAGCGCACAUGCCGACACUUCCGUCUAGUAUGCUUGUCAACCAAUUGCUGUUGUCAGCGGAUCAUAUGACUUUACAUUUGACGAGGCUGUGCAGGUGACCUCACAGCAUAAUCUAGCCGCGUGUGUUGCGCUGGAGAUGGAAUAAACCAACUAACCAGGUUAAGGGUCGAGCUAACUGACUAGCUCAGGGUAAUCUAACUGACUAACAAGGAUAAACGAUAUUUUGUUCAUCCUCACAGCAUCUCAGGCGCCCUGGUUGAUUUCAACAAAUAAAAGACUUCACUUAUGUGAAAGUA